UUUGCUUGAGGAGUUGUCUGUUGCUGAACCUGUCUAAUUAGUGUGCCAUAGUCACCUUUGCUUUUGUUGGUGGGCUGGCAUCCAAUUGAAGGCUGUUUUAUAAGAAUAUCACAAUCAACCCUGGUCCUAGUGCUGACACUAUUGAACAGCAAACAGGCCAUGGGGUCUCUACUGGAUGAUACGGUAAGGCAGUGGUCGGACUAUAAGGCAAACUGUACGAAGACAUUAACACCCAAAAAUGUUAGCAGAUCUGCAGUGUACUGCAGCGCAUCAUUUGACCAGUUUGCCUGCUGGCCCGAAUCCCCUCCUGGAAACGUGUCAGUGCCUUGCCCUCUUUACCUGCCCUGGAUAAAGGAAGUGGGUGCUGGUUAUGUGUACAGAUACUGCACUGAUAAUGGGACCUGGCUUACUGUUAAAAACUCAACAGACGUCUGGAGGGAUCACUCUGAAUGCUCCGAACACAACCAUCCCUUCAAACAGGAAGAUGAGCAUGUACCAGUACUUCUUUCAGUUCUCCAGUUUGUCUAUACCAUAGGAUACUCCCUGUCACUCUCCUCACUCUUGCUGGCUGUUCUCAUUUUACUAUUGCUGAGGAAACUUCAUUGCACCAGAAACUACAUCCACAUGAAUUUGUUUGCUUCCUUUAUAUUUCGCGCUGUGUCAGUUCUUGUCAAAGACAUCAUUCUUCACAUCACAUACGCUAAGAGACCCACAGAUGAAACAGGAUGGAUAUUCUAUUUUAAUUCAGAGAUUUCUAUAGCCUGCAGAGUCACGCAAGUUUCCAUGCACUAUUUUGUUGGAGCCAAUAUCUUCUGGCUACUAGUUGAAGGAAUCUACCUCCAUACUUUACUUUUUAGUGCUGUUCUAUCUGAAAGAAAAUUGUUAAGGAAAUAUAUGUUCUAUACUUCUGUACUUCCAGUCCUGUUCGUUGUUCCGUGGACAGUGACAAAAGCUAUGUAUGAAAAUAAAGGGUGUUGGGGUACAAACAUAAACAUGGCGUAUUGGUGGAUUAUCAGAGGACCAAUGAUAUUUUGCAUUACAGUCAAUUUCUACAUUUUUUUAAAAAUACUGAAAUUGUUGCUCUCAAAGCUGAAAGCAGAGAAAAUGCAAUGUAACUAUUACAAAUCCAGAUUAGCAAGAGCCACCUUGGUCUUAAUUCCGUUGUUGGGGAUCCACGAGUUUGUUUUUGCUUUUGUUACUGAUGAGCAGGUGGAAGGCAAGUCACGGUACAUCAGACUCUUCAUCCAGUUAACUAUAAGUUCCUUCCAGGGUUUCCUGGUAGCUUUGUUGUACUGCUUUGCCAAUGGAGAGGUGCAAGCAGAACUUAAAAAGAGAUGGAAAUUGUUUCUGUUCGCCAAUUACUUUGAACAUGCUGCUGACUGUAUACUAGGGAAGUAUUUCAAGUACCUUGGGAAAUACUCCAAAAGGCGUCCGAGUCAUUAUUUCCACAAAAAUGAGUUUUACAGAGAUGGGAAGAGGUCUUCAAGUGUGCAGUUCCUGCAGGUGACACUUAGACUGAACACUGUGGAGUAUUUCACAAGAGGAAGUGUGUCCAGCUCUGAAGUAGGAACUCUGGGUGAAACACUCGAAGAAAUACUCGAAGAAAGUAAGAUUUAAGCAGGACCCAGUGGCAGGCAGGCACUUCGAAAACCAUUGUAAAUAUAAUGAUAAUCUACCAUUAAACAAUGAACCUGUGUACAUAUUUAUAAUAACUUUGUAAUAUCAUAUUGAACUUAAUUAUUACAGCUCUCUGUGUGUCUCAAGAAAUAUACUGUAUAUCUGUGCACAAUAGUGUGUCUCAAGAAAUAUACUGUAUAUCUGUGCACAAUAGGACAUUAUAAACAUGUUUUUGAGAAAUACAAAACAGAUCCAGUACUAUUUUUGUAUGGAAAAUAAAUAAAUAAAUAAAUAAGGGCACUAUUUUUUUCAUAUUUGUUUACUACAUGUGCAAGAUACACAUUUAGUAAAUAUAAUAGUUAAGAAAGAGUCUUCACUUAACUGUUGCCAUAGUGAAUUCACCAUACCCAUACAUACUUGCCAACAUUUGAAUUUGUUCAGCGGGACACCAGCGUGGGGGGGAGGGGGGGUCAGCAUACGCAUAAAAACACACAUACACGCAAACUCAUUUCCAUGAUAAAAUAAACAGAACUUUUGCAUGGUUGUUAUUAACUGUACGAUGCAGAAUAAUUUCAUAUCUUGUACCCCCGUCACUGUUAAACACACACUUUCUUUUAUUUGUUGCUUUGAUAGAAGUCAUUUUCAUUUGCUGGACCCGGCAAGCUGAAUUAAUUUAAAUUCAGUUAUUUAUAUAGCAUUUUCUUGAAAUAAUAUUAAUGCAAUUCAGAAUAUCUGUUUUUCUGGCUUAUUUUUUGUUCCUGUUUCGUGCUAGUUUUUAAACAUGUUCCCGUAUCUAAUACUAUUUCGUGAAGGAAAAUGUUUAAUUUUUUCGUUUUUGCCCUUUUUUUUGUUUUAAUAUAUAUCUCAGAAAUGUGAUCAAUGAAUGCUGUACAAAAAUGAUGGGUGUAGCUAACUCCAGUCCUUCGUGUUCUAUUGACUCCCCCCUGGUCACUUUUAA